AUGGCUACCACCAACAACGUUCAAGAAGACGAGCUGCCAAGAUCUACUGCAUUAGAAAGACAGGUACAGACUCUCAUGGCAGCAGUAGAACGACUCACAAAGCAAAACCAUGAUCUGGAGGAGCAGCUACGCCAAAGGGAUGCAGGACCUAACCUUCAGGAGGAAAACCAGGAAGGUAACAGUGCCGAACGAAGGGACCAGGAGAGGCCAGAGGGCAGCAAUGCCCCAAGCCGACCAGAGCGGCAAAACAUAAGCCUUCCAUCUCUCAUGGAUUUUGCCCCUCCGCCCAUUAUCGCAGAGAUGCAAGCGAUAAAGGAGCAAAUGGAGGUCAUGAUGAAUGCCCUCAAGGGACGAGUAUCCUCUGAUCUCGACGACCUAGUGAACAAAACCAACUCACCAUUCACCACGUCCGUCAACUCAUUCCCCCUGCCACCGAAGUUCCGGAUGCCCCAGAUCAAAAGCUACGAUGGGGUCAAGGACCCCCUUAAUCAUCUAGAAACUUUCAAGACCUUGAUGCACCUUCAGGAGGUACCAAACGAGAUCAUGUGUAGGGCAUUCCCGACCACGCUGAAGGGCCCUGCGAGGGUUUGGUUCAGUAGACUGACACCAAACUCAAUCAAUACUUUCAAGGAGUUGAGCGCCCAGUUCACCUCGCACUUCAUAGGCGGACAUCGGUACAAGAGGUCCACCACGUGCUUAAUGAGCAUCAAGCAGCGAGAAGACGAGACGCUGCGGGCCUACAUAACUCGUUUCAACAAAGAAGCCCUUUCGAUUGACGAAGCUGACGAUAAGAUACUCGUAGCUGCAUUUACUAGCGGACUAUGGAAGGGAAAGUUCUUGUUUUCUUUAUACAAGAAUGACCUGAAGACCAUGACGGAUGUUCUCUACAAAGCUACCAAUUACAUGAAUGCAGAAGACGCAUUGCUAGCCCGUGAGGAAAAGCCUAAGAAAAGGGAGAGGCAGGAGGACACGCGACAAGAUAGGGGGCGAAAAGUUGCUAGAACCGAGGAUCAACGAGAUGAAAAGCGCCCUAGACCCCCCACUGGAAGGUUCACUAAUUUCACCCCAUUAACCGCCCCGAUCGAUCAAGUAUUGAUGCAAAUCAAAGAUGAAGGAGCAUUGAUGUUCCCUGGUAAAUUAAAGGGCGAUCCCAACAAAAGGCCAAGGGACAAGUAUUGUCGCUUUCAUUGA